GUUUCAAAAAAUAGAAGGCCAAGAAGGGCAGCAAGAUUGUGGUUAAGAUAUGCUGGAGGUGCUGUUGGUCUUGCAGCUUGUUCAGGGUGGCUUCUAAGUCAUAGUAAGUUGAUGGGUAGUACGGAUCUUGAUCGUUGGCUUGAGGAAGGAAGAGGUUCCACAAUUGCAUUUUGGAAGGACCAUGUAGAGUCACCGCUUCUGUCCAUCAGGGAUGAAUUAUUUGAGACAUUCAGAAAGCGACACAGGGGGGUUAUGGAGCUUGAAGAAGUACAAUUGACUGCAAAUUCCUUCCACAGAAUGUUAGUGGCAUUUACUGAACAAGCAACUGGAGAAAAACUACCAGAAGGAGCAUCAGACCAAGAAAUGAUGGAAAUCAUGAUGGCAAGGUACUUUGCAGCCAUGCCUUUAUCCAUGUCGCACCCCUUUUGUUUUCUUUUCCAGCUACUAACUUUUUUAUAUUGGAAUCUUCUGCUAAAUAAGAUAGUUCUAGUUGCCAUUGCUUAG